UUAAUAAUCUUCUCGUGCGCAACAACAAGCGUUUCGUAAUUCGAAAUUCGUAACACAAAUCUAGUGAUAGAAAGAGAAACAGGCGACUUGUGAGUUGUGAAAGAUGAAGAUCACUGUCAUGACUGCUGAUGAACAAAUUCUCACUUUGGAUGUCGAUCCUCACGAAUCUGUGGAAAACGUCAAGGCAUUGCUGGAGGUUGAGACAAGUGUCCCUAUUCAGCAACAGCAACUACUCUUCAAUGGGAAGGAGAUUAGGAAUUCUGACAAGUUAAGUGCCAUAGGCGUGAAGGAUGAUGAUUUGCUUAUGAUGGUCUCCUCCGGUGGUGGCAGUGGCAGCAGCGGCGGUGCUGCUAGUGGAACUGCCAAUGAAUUGAGUUUAAAUGCCGAUGGAUCCGCUGUAAACCCCAGUGCUUUCCAGCAGCACAUAAGACGUGAUUCUAAUUUGAUAGGUCAGCUCUUUCAGAGCGAUCCGGAGUUGGCGCAAGCUAUUCUUGGGAAUGAUCUUAACAGAUUGCAGGAAGUUUUGCGAAUGCGUCAUCGCCAAAGGGAAGAACUACAGCGUCAGAAAGAAGAAGAGCUUGCUCUUCUCUAUGCGGAUCCUUUUGAUGUUGAAGCCCAAAGAAAGAUUGAAGCUGCCAUUCGCCAAAAAGGAAUUGAUGAAAACUGGGCAGCUGCAUUGGAACAUAAUCCUGAAGCUUUUGCUAGAGUGGUUAUGCUCUAUGUUGAUAUGGAAGUUAAUGGUGUCCCACUGAAGGCAUUUGUGGAUAGUGGAGCCCAGUCUACCAUUAUAUCAAAAAGUUGUGCUGAGCGCUGUGGAUUGUUGAGACUCUUAGAUCAGCGAUACAAAGGUAUUGCUCAUGGAGUUGGUCAAUCAGAAAUAUUAGGUCGAAUACAUGUAGCUCCAAUCAAGAUUGGGAGUAUAUUUUACCCUUGCUCAUUCUUAGUUCUGGAUUCUCCCAAUAUGGAGUUCCUUUUUGGGCUUGAUAUGCUCCGAAAGCACCAGUGUAUAAUUGAUUUAAAAGAUAAUGUUUUACGAGUUGGUGGUGGAGAAGUUUCAGUGCCAUUUUUGCAUGAGAAAGACAUACCGUCACGGUUUCUUGAUGAGGAAAAGUUUAAGGAGGCUUCAAGCUCUGGCGCACAAGUUACAUCAGGGGGCAAUAAUCCAUCACCAAGGGGCCAGUCUUCUGGGGGAGCUUCUGGCGACAAGUCUAAGGACUCUGAAUUUGAAGCCAAAGUUGCAAAGCUUGUUGAGUUAGGAUUUGGAAGAGCUGCAGUAAUAGAAGCUCUUCAAUUAUUUAAUGGCAAUGAGGAACAAGCAGCAGGAUUUCUUUUUGGGGGCUGAAAGGAACAAUUAUUAGAAACGAUUGAUUUCAAAUUUUAACUCAUUCCAUUUACAGGAUUUAUAAAAUUGGAAUUUUAGACCUGAUGACAUUUACUGUGAAAUUGUUCAUACUGUAAUGGAAGUUUCUUUUUAUUUGAUAAACCAAUUUGUGGAUAA